AUGAGCACAGUUCAAAUUCGCGAGGACUUUCUCCCAUCUCAGGCACCUAGCACAACUUGUGCAAGGCGGAUCGACUUUGAAAAGUCCGAUCCCCCGCUACCCAAAUAUAAGGACCUGUUUGCCGCUGUGAUCGAUAACUUUCUCACCGAGGCUGAAUGCCAGGAGCUGAUCAAGCUCGCCGAAGCCAGUACCUCUGACGGCUGGGAACGAGCUUUGAUCAAUAUUGGAGGCGGAAGACAGAUGCUGGCAACGGACACGCGAAAUUGUGCGCGUAUCAUUUGGGACAGCCCCGAGCUGGCCAAAAGACUGCUGGACAGGUUGAUGCCCUUUUUACGUGACUUUGAAAUCGACAAGUUCACAAACCGACUGCGUGUCACUGGGCUUGCAGGACGAGGGAAGUCAUAUUGCCUCACCGAACUCAACGAGAGAUUGCGUUUCCUUCGAUAUGAAGGAGGCGAGUACUUCCGGCCACACUGGGAUGGCAAGUACGAAGCGCCGAAUGGUGAUGCAUCUUACUAUACCAUUCACCUUUACCUCAACGGCAUGGGUGACCAGGACCUACAAGAUUUGAUCAAGGCGGAAAAGAAAAAAGAGUCAAAUCCCGACCCGAAAGGGGAAUUGCUAGGUGGCGCUACGUCAUUUUGCCCCAUUCCUAGCUUCAAGAGUAGUGACGAGCAGCUCCGAGUAUUUCCACGUACCGGGUCAAUCCUAAUCUUCCAGCAGAAAGAUCUGAUGCAUAGCGGAGACCCGGUAUUUAGUGGAACCAAAUAUACUAUGAGAACCGACAUCAUGUAUCGGGAACUAUAA